GGAAAGGCGGGCGGCUGCUGGCGGCGGAUAAUGAUGGCGUGGUGCGCGCGGCCGCUGGGCGGCCGGGAGCGCUGAGGGGAAGGAGGCGGCGGGACCCCCGCCCCCAGAUGGCUCUCCGGAUACCGCGAUCCGCGCUGGGGAUAACACCCGAUGUAGCCAUUCACGCGCUUUGAUUUCUUUCUCUCCCCUGCACUCCAUUUCCGUGCAAGCGGGGAAGCUGGCUGAGUGAAAGGCUGCUUUUGGGAUCUUCUGUGAAAUCUGCUCUGCCUGCUGUUGGAGGGUGGAAGCUUUGUGCUAAGGAGCCAUUCUUCCCGUUCUUCUUCAGGAGUCGAGGGAGCUUUCUCUUUGACAAUGAUGAAAACUGAAGGCAAGGGGGAAAGGACUUUAAGAAGUGCAUCACCACACCGAAAUGCCUAUAAAUCUGAUUUCCAUGCUAUCAAAUGCUCUUUUGAUGGUGUAAACAAUCCUGAUAACACUUCCAGUAAAACAGGCUUGCAUCAGAAGCUGAACACCUCUUCCAGUGGAGGGGGAAAUGACCCACACAGUCGAGGCAGAGCUGCCACUUAUGGCAAUAGAGUACACAAGAUCAAAAAUAUGUUUCUGCAAAUGGGAAGCUCUUCUUCCACAGCCUCUGAAAGCAGUCCACCUGCUGAGACCAAAUUAAUCAGCCGGGCCACGGCAGCAGAGUAUGGACCUUCUCCAGGUAGCCCAUCUUUUCUCAUUGUUCAAAAAAAUAAUCUUCUUAAUACAAGCACCAGCCCCUGCAGCAGUCCUGUGGAUUCGUUAUCUGUGCCUUCUGCUGCCGACAGGGUUGUCCGUAGCAGUGAUGAGGCAGACUUGGACAAAGUUGCCCUGGCAGAAAAAUUUUCGGAGACUAGGAAGCUUUUUGAGAGGAAUAUAAAACAGCGGAGCUCAGUGGACAGAUACUCCCCCAGCAAAUGUGAAAAAAGUGAAGAUAAGAGGAGAUGUGGUUCAGCUUCUGAUUGCAGCAAUGUGGUGGACAACUUCAGUUUUAAUACAGAAGCGAGUCCUCCAGUUGCACUGGAGAAAGUUGAAAAUCAAGGCAGUGAGGAGUUGAAACAGCAGCAUCCUAAUAGUGGUUCUAAAUCCUCCUUCCUGAAUGCAGGGCCCAUUUCUAGGAGGCUGGAAAGCUUUUUGGGUGACAGUGAUACUGAAGAAUCCAAAGAAAUUUCAAAAAAUGAUAGUCCUCCGAAUCAGGACCCUUUGAGAGGCCAGGAGAGUUUGAAUUUGCCUGCUGUUGCUGAAGGAUGUCUGGAGAAGGGUGUGUUCCCCAAAGUGCUUGGGAUCCGCAGAGAUGAGCCGAGUGAGGCUCUUGGAAAAGACAAAAGGGAGCAACUGGUACUUGAGAGAAGCCUGUGGGAUAUGGGCAGUGUGCCUGGUCAGGAGGCUCAGCACAGAUCAAAUAGUGUUUCCUCCUCAGCUUCCCCCGCAGAGGGGACUUGCACAGAGCUGGUUGGACAAAAUCAAACCUCAGGGCAUGAAAAUGAGGGUUUGGAGAAAGAUCACGUUGUUCAAGAGGAUCAGAUGCUCAUAUGUCAAGUACAGGAAGGGGAGAGGAGUGACUAUGCCUUGGAAGUGAUAGAAGAGUCUAUGGAUGGCAGCAAGACCAGUUGGGAAGAAGAAAGAAAUGGGUUGUCUGUAAGAGAUGGUCCAGUUACAUGCGUUCAGGACGUUCUAGAGCAGGAAGAGGAUACUGAAGAAGAGGAGCAAGUGCUGGAAAAGCAAAGUGAGGACUUCAGUGCUUUUGGAAUAGAGAAUGCAGCUUUUGAUGGUGACAGGGAUACAGAGCCAGAAAACCAAGAGCCUGAAGGCAAAGAAAUUUUGGAGGGAGAGGAUGCGUAUAUGUAUGACAGUGAAUAUGAGGAGUUUCCUGGGCUUUCUGAAGAGGAGGAUCCUGAUCCAGACCGAAAAGUCAAGUUCUCAACAGCUCCUAUCAAAGUUUUCAGUACUUACUCAAAUGAAGACUAUGAUAGACGUAAUGAAGGUGACCCUGUGGCAGCCUCAGCUGAGUGACUUGAGAAAAGGGUGGAAAAGAUGGAAGUGUUUCCUGUGGAAAUUGAAAAAGGUGACAGGGGUCUGGGCAUCAGUAUCAUUGGAAUGGGAGUUGGUGCUGAUCAGGGACUGGAAAAACUAGGUAUUUUUGUAAAAACAAUACAAUGGUGAGCUGCUCAGAGGGAUGGACGAAUUCAAGUAAAUCAGAUUGUUGAGGUUGAUGGCAUAAGUCUGGUGGGAGUUACUCAGUUCUUUGCAGCCACUGUAUUAAAGAACACCAAAGGCACAGUGAGGUUUCUGAUUGGGAGAGAGAAGCCAGGGGCUGAGAGUGAAGUAGCCCGUCUCAUUAGUGAGACCUUAGAGCAAGAGAGAUGUCUGUAUGAGCAGCACUACGCUCAUGAUGAUACAGAGCAGGAUGAUGACUAUGAUGAUGAUGAGGAGGAUACAUAUGAGUCACAUUUACAUGGGAAAUCUGUAGAAGUUUUUGAUCUUCCUGAAAACGAAGACAUUGGUUUACUACUGGAUAUGGAUUCAGCAGAGUCUCUUCUUAAAUUUAAAGAGCUGCAAUUAAAACAUGCUAGUAACAGUAGCUGAAGUGAAUCAAUUAUGAAGGAGAAAUUAAAAAUUGUUGAAGCUGAAAAAAAUGAAUGGAAAUUUAAUCGAGCCCAGCUACAGCAAAACUUGGAUGAAAGCAAAGAGAAAAUUAAAAAGUUAGAGACCUACUGGUUAGAGGCACAAAAUUUAUGCAAAACAGUGAAUGAGCAUCUUAGAGAGACUCAAGAACAAUGUGAUGCCCUUGAAAAGAAAUACAGCAAGGCCAAGAAAUUGCUUAAAGAUUACCAACAAAAAGAAAUAGAAUUUAUGAAGAAAGAAGAAGAGCAUUCAAGGCUACUUGAAGAGAGAGACCAGAAAUAUGCAGAACAACUGAAAAUAUAUCAGGAAAAAAUUUCGGAACUUGAAACUAAAUUAAAAGUAUAUGAGAAAAUGCCUUAUGUUUUUGAACGUGGCAGUUUAUUGGAAGAUGGCUGUCAAAGUCCAGGCCAACCUAACGAACAGCCAAAGAUAAAAGAAGAAAAUGAAAAAGAAACCAAAUCAAUAGAAGAAAGAAUAAAUUCUUUAGAUAUGCUCAUUUCUGAUUUUGAUGCUUUUGUUGGGGAUACUCCCAGAUUAGACACCAGUGCCCACAAAGCAAAAGCUCAGCUUGCUUUGAAAGUGAAACGCCAGCCACCUUCUCGAUCAAAGCUGAAGGAAUCUCUUGGGGCUGGACAACAGACUGCAAAUCUACAGGAUGAGGAUUCAGAAGAUACUGUUCUCAACAGAGAACUUUCCACUGUGUACCUAACCAAGACCUUAGAAACAAGUGAAAAAUUACCUCUCCCACGCCUGGAUGACUCAGAUCGAAAGAGUGAAAAGCUGGAAAAAAGAGAAAGCACAGAAAGUCCUCUAGAGUCAAGUCCUUCUGCUUCCACACACUCUUCUCCAGUACACAAACCAAGCAACGAAAAUAGCACCACCACUCCUCGUUCACCUCCUCCUGAAGAGAUGACUCCAAGUUCUCCUCAAGGGUAUCUCAAGAAUGUUAAACAAAGAGAGGCAAAAGGGAAAGGGAAAGAGGCCAAGGAAGAAAAGAAAAAUGAAGACAGGACAGUAGAAACAAAUGAAGGAACAUCGUCAGGGAAGUCCAAAAGGAGAUUUCCAGAUUUUGGGGGAUUACGGAAAUCUGGGGGCAAGGGUAAGAAGCAAGAAAAAGAAAAUCUAAGAGGUUCUCUGGAUAGCAGAGGUUCCCGAGAACUCUUGGAUGACUCUGGCAACAAUCUGUCUGCAUCAGAUUCAGAUUCCCCUGCUCCUACUUGCAUGCCUUUCUCCUGGUUUGGAGACAGCCACAAAGAGCCUCCAGUUUCUAGUAGCAACCUGCACGUUACCCAGAGCGGGCAGGAUGGUUGUGAGCAUGGUCAAGAGAAGAACAGAACCAAGAGUAGAAUUGUCAUAGAUGAUACAUACCAUAGCAAGCCAAGUUGUGAACUUUCAGGGUUAGUGACAGAACCAAAUCUGUCAGGUCGUUCACACACUUUAACCUUCUCUUCAAAUGAGGCAUUAGAUGACGAAUUUGCAACAACAGGAAAGCAAAAUCAAUGGCACAGUAGACCUAUUUCUGAAUGGACCACCCAGCAAGUAUGCCACUGGUUAAUGGGAAUGAACAUGGAGCAGUAUAUUACAGAGUUCACAGCUAUGAAUGUAGAUGGACAGCAAUUAAUGCAGCUCGACAGUGAGAAGUUAAAGGCUUUGGGAGUUUCCAGUCAAAAUGACAGAUCAACAAUAAAGAAAAAAAUUAAGGAUAUUAGAAAAACACAGGAAAAACUGGAAAAGCAGAAGGAAAAGGUUCAAAAGAAGGAGAAAGAAGUUCGCAAGACUGGCAGAGUGGUGGCCACUCUGAAUCAAGCUGCUAAAUGACCAUUUUAUUUUAGUGCAGACUUGCCUAAUCUUGAUGUAGUUCAGCAGAUUUGUAUAUAAUUGUACAAUUGAGGGAGGAGGGAAAGUGCAACAGUUUAAUAUGGUAGGUGGUUUUUUACUUUUUAAUUGUGGUCCCUCCCCAUUACAGCCCAAUAAAAUGAAAUAAUGUUUUCAGUAUUUUUAUUCCUAGUUGACUCUGCCUGUACUAAUAGA